AUGAACCUCACGCUCGAAGCCCCUGUAAAACGCGUUCGACGAGUAGCUGUAAUCCAUGACCCCAUCUUAAACGUGAUUAGUGACUGUUCGGCUGGAACUUACUCAAUCAUCUGGGAUAUUUCUUUCUUACCUCAAGUGUGGCUGAACUGGAACCGAAAGAGCGUGGUGGGUUUCAGCUUGGACAAUGUGACUCUUAACAUUCUGGCCUACAUGUGUUACUCGCUCUUCAACGUUGCAUUCUACGCCGUGCCUUAUAUACAGAACCAAUUCCACGCCAGGUACCCGAGGCAAGUGAACCACGUACGACCCAACGACGUUUUCUUUGCCACCUACGCCCUCUUCAUCGAAAUCGUCCUGGGUAUUCAGUGCUUGAUCUAUUACAGAGAACCCGGCCAGGUGGUCUCGAAAACAUGUUGGAUCCUUGUAGCGGGGUCUCUCCUCUCCAUAGCGGCCGCCUGUGUUCUCGCUGUGGAAAACGUUAUAUGGUGGCUUGACGUGUUUUACCUCAUGUCUUACCUGAAGCUGGGCAUCACGCCGCUAAAGUACAUUCCUCAGCUGUAUGUGAAUUACCGCCACAAGAGCACCGCUGGCUUCAGCAUGGUUGGGCUGCUGAUGGAUUUCACGGGCGGCGUCUUGUCCUUAAGUCAGAUGUUUAUGCUGUCGGCUAACAAUGGUAAGCUCCAGCUCAUCAUAUCGAUUGGUUAUGCACACGUAGACGCACAUGCACACAAACACAUGCCAUCUUUUUCAUUGAUUGUGCACACGUCCACACUACAUUCUGAACUUACUCGUAAGCACGGUCAUAUGCCUGUAAAACUACCUGUACAAAUAUUAGUUUAA